AUGAGGACUUUACCGUCAUUGUCGAAAGAGCAGGUGCACGUUGUCAUCGGUUCCACGCACCGAUUUUCCCACCUAGAAAAGGCAAAAGUCAUUGGAUCAGGCCUAAUUGAACGAGGAUACUGUGUCACCAUUCUGGCCGGUGAAUCGGUUCGAGAUGAGGUUGAGUCCAUCGGCGCCCUCUUUGCGCCAAUGCAAGGCCGUGCGGGCGGGAGCCCUACGAAGACCGAGUACAACCACCCUCCACCUGCGUGGGCCAAAGAGAUGGAAAUAUCUGCCCUCAAAAACUUCUUUAUUGGCACUAUUCCGGACGAAUACAAAAGCGUCCAAGAUGUGUUGAAGACACUGCAACGAACAGAAGGACCUCAAACAAAAAUCAUUUACAUCGACGACAUCAUUUGUGGCGCUAUGCUCCCGGUCUACUUCGGUGCUCCUGGCGCCAUAAAGCCCCAGGCGGUUAUCAAAAUCGGCACGACGCCUAUUCCGCAUGAUAGCGCUGAUACUGCUACGUGGACCUUGGGCAUUCCUUCCAAAUCGACAAUUCCGGACAGUGCCGAGGAUUUGUGGGAAGUAAAGAGAGAAAUCUACCGAUCAGAAGAUGUUCAAGAUAAACUCCGAAGUGUACUUCAUGAGGCGGGAGUGCCAGCCCAUAAGCUCGAAUCAUUGCCACGGUUCAUGCAUAGCCAAGGGACAUGCUGCGAUGCCUAUCUUGCUCUGUCGAUCCCAGAAUUUGAAUACCCGCGGACCGAAGCUGCAGAGUCUAUUCACUUUGUUGGCGCCCUACCCACUGUUGGAAGCGUUCCUUCAAACCUCCCCGAAUGGUGGAACGAGGUCAUUCAUGCGCAAGGCCAGGAAAGGAAGCCGAUUGUAGUUGUCAGUCAAGGGGCUGUCAACAACGAUCCGACAGACCUGAUUCUUCCCACUAUCGAGGCACUGAAGGACGAGAAUGUCACUGUUAUUGCUACUCUAGUCAGGGGGCCGAAGAUAACAGUCGACUUGCCAAGCAAUGUGAGGUUGGCACAGUUCAUUCCUUUUGAUAUACUGCUUCAGUACACGGAUGUGUUGGUCUCGAACGGAGGGUUCGGAACCGUUCAGAUGGCCCUUGCUCGUGGAGUCCCAAUGGUUCUUGCCGGUGUCUACUUCGAUAAAUAUUAUACAAAUUCGCGGGCUGCUUCGAUUGGGGCAGCUAUCAACCUUGGGUGCGAAAGAGUGCAGCCUUGUGCAGUGAAGAAGGCAGUGUGCGAUAUUUUGUCUGACAAGGAAAGAAAAGAGCGGUGUCUGGAAAUAAAGGAAAGAUAUGGGGAGUAUAACGCAUUAGAUCAGAUUGCUGGUUUUGUUGAUGCGUUCUCAGGUUAG